AGUCGUUAGUAAGCUGACCGCAGAAAGAUGUGAGGCAAAAGUGCAGCUGCUCAGGGAAAACUUCGGGCCAACUGGGCGCUCUUAUUUCUCCGGUCCCACUGCAAUCGGAGAAAAACUGGCCAACUUCCCCUAAGACUUGCACUUAGCCCGCACAAAACUUUGCUCGCCAUCGCAAACUUUUUUGACUGAGCCGAAGAUGAAACUGAGGCUGAAACUGAAGCUUCUGUGUGCCGUAAGUAGAUUUGUGGACUUGGCCAUAUGUCUCGAUCUGGGCGCGAGGGAAGAGAGGUGUAACUACUGCAAUAAGUAACUGCAUAAUAGGGUUAAUAAUUAAGUCAAAGCCGUUGCAUAAGAAAUUCAUUGCCUUUCGUUGUUAAGCGACUGCACAAAAAUCUGUUUAUAAAGGUUACUUUUAUAUAGAAGUAAUUAUUAUUACUUUAUAUUUUAUAUAUACAAUAGAGGUAUCGUAUAUCAUCGUCAGUUUAUUUCCUUACUUUCAUUUAAUGAUUGUCAAGUUUUCUGGAUUGCCACCAUACAUUGACAACAUAUUUUGGUUUUAUUCUAGUCCAAAGUAUCUAGUAUUUAUCAUGAGUUAACUAAUAAAAACGACAAUGCCACCAACCUUGAUUUUACAUAGACAGUCCUUUUAACCGGGCUUUUUUAGGGUGUUUUGGAAGAAAAAGAAAGAGUUUCCUCGCUACAAUUCAGCACUUCAUUAUCAUUAGGUGACAGCCAUAAACGAAAAUGUCACGUAAGUCAGCUAAAAAAAAUAUUAUAUUGGCAUUCAUUCCCCUCUCAACGACCCUGGGAAUCGACGUCGAGUGGAAUAAGCCGAAGGACUUCAUGGACGACGACGCGGAGAGUACCUGGAUGCACAAGUCGCUCAUGGAAGCGGAGGAGUUAAAGCUGGAUCUGGAGUGCGGUCUUUUGAAGCCGAAGGAUAUGCCUGGCAGGAUAAUCGUGGAGCCGACAUCAAGCCUGAUACCCAGGACCGCGGCUCGCCGUUUUGAGAAGGAGUUGCUGGCACGGGAGGCUGCGCUAUUCGUAGAACGCGAUUUCACCAGUCUCUGCAGCCAGCUUGAGAGUCGUUUGGGAUCCUGCAAGUUUGAAGAGGGCUUACAAAUCUUAGCCAAGGUGAAGAGGUUGAAGCUGACCAAAAUAAUGCUGUUGCGCAACCCUGAUUGCGUUCGUACACUGCGAAAUCUUCGUUACUUUGGGAAAGAAGAGAACCAGUUUGAGCUGAUUAUCCGCAAAAAGGGCUCUGAAUUAUACGAGAUAUUAAAGAAAAUCUUUAAUACGGAGCAAGAGCCCGACGAAAAGUUUUGGAACGAUUUUAGCGAAGAGGUUAAGGUAUUCAACAUUGUCACGAAAGACUUGAAAAUAUUUCGCACCGCCCUAAGCGAUCAAAGCUACUUGAGGUUACUGGACGUCAAGAAGGCUUCUACUUCGACCACGGACCAACUUUCGAAUAACUAAAAGAAAUUACCUAUACCUUCCUUGGAAUUUCAUAAAAUUAUGUUCGCCUUUAGGUGUUCUUCCAAGAAAAUAAUAAUUUCUUAAAUAAAAACAAAUAAUUAAAAUUUGAAAAUAAAUCAUAGCAGGUGUAUAACACAUAUAUAUAAUAUGGUAGCGUUGAAAAGUUUGCUCGCAGUUCACAGGUUUUAAAUUCGACUGUUCUGAAAAAACAUUUUAAAAUGCACUAUACUUCCUUUGACUAGAAGGCUCAAAUAAAAAUUCAAUUCAGCCGAAUCUUCCAUGCAGUUUUAUAUAUUCCUUAGAUGAAGGGUAAGAGAAUAAACAAAUAAUUUGUUGCGGGGGCUUUUAAAAUUACAUUUUAAAAAGCUAUUAUAGGUUUGUCAGACUCACGUUAAAUUGACGUACUUCUUGCCUGUCAUUUUCGCUGACCCGAAGAAUCCCUCUCAAAAUCGGUGCCCACACGGCGUAUGCUUACUUCCGGCAGCAACCCCUUCUCUGCUCACCAUUAAUCAUCGCAGCGGAACAAGACGAGCACAUGCACUUAUAGAUUUGUCAGACACCCUCGCACACACACAGACGCACACAAACUACUUCCCUCGCCGCGGGAAAAUCAAAUUAAGAUAAAAUUAAAAGCGCCAACAAACACACGAGCUGAAUGCAAUUGGGGAAUGCCGACUUGCUAAGGGGGGAUUCGUUUAUUUUUUGGCAAACACACAACAUAUGCGUCCCGUUGACAAAUAAAGUUUACAGAUAUGCACACACACACACACACACGGAGCGGAAAAACUGAAGCACACACAGAGGCAGAGGGCAGGCGGGCGAGGGAAAACUGGAAGAGCGAUGGCAACGCACACGAGUAAACAAUGGCGAACAAGCGAAUGAGCAGAUGGUUAGGGCAGAAAGAAAUGGGCGAGGUGGAAAACAACUCCCCAAUGAAAUAGUUUAUGGUAAACCGCAAUGCGAAAAAUGUCACCUCCUGGCAAAAAUGAGCGGGCAGCGGGGGGAGGUGUGGAGCAAUGGAGCACUGGAGCAAUGGAAAUGGAUGUGGAUGUGGAUGUGGAGCUGGAUGUGGAAGAUGGAGUGGCACAUCCAACUGGCUAAACAAGUGCGGAAGUUGUUUGCGUUUGCCGCUGGCAAAGGCCAAGCGGAAGCGGCCUAUUGGGCAAUGGCAAUGGCGAUGACGGCAGUCGACUGUCGCCACGGAGCGGAAAUGAGCCAACUUGGCUGCCACAUGGGGCGCAAAAGACGCCGGCUGACAAUAUCCGACACCGAACGGCGGACGGCAAACUUGGAGCUCUGAUCCGAGCCACAACGCACUUUGGGGGGAAGGUCGAGAAGUCAAUCUGGGUCUUUGAAAGUAAAUAUUUCUAUGCAUGCUUACUACGGGUUCGAAAUAUGGCGUUAGUUCUUAUUGAUAAUAUGUAUUAUCUUAUUGACAUUAUUAAAGUAACUGGAUAAUAGUUCAUGUUACUAAUAAAAAAGAGUGGUAUCAAAUUUAUC